AUGUCGUACUUCCUCCCCCACCUGCCUUCGGGCUGGCAUGUGGAUCAAGCCAUCCUGGCCGAAGAAGAUCGCGUCGUCGUCAUCCGCUUUGGACACGACUACGAUCCUGUAUGCAUGAAGAUGGAUGAGACCCUCUACGGAAUCGCUGAGAAGCUCAAGAACUUCGCAGUCGUCUACCUCUGCGACAUCACAGAGGUGCCAGACUUCAACAAGAUGUACGAGCUGUACGACCCCUGUGCGGUCAUGUUCUUCUACCGGAACAAGCAUAUCAUGGUCGACCUUGGCACAGGAAACAACAACAAGAUCAAUUGGGCCAUCGAGAACAAGCAAGAGUUGAUUGAUAUUGUCGAGGUAGUAUACAGGGGAGCAUCAAAAGGUCGAGGUCUCGUAGUCAGUCCAAAGGACUACUCAACACGGCUGAAGUAUUAG